AUGAUUAGGAACACUCAACUGGAUCGAUUUUGUCGUCAAUAUCUUCAACUUCUUCUCGAUCUCGAUUAUCCGGAUGAGGAAUAUCUUCAGGAUGAAGUCUUUCAAAAAGCCAUCUACUCAAGAUUAUUCCAGGAAAAUGUAUUGGCGUACCCUCCGCCUCAAAGAUUUCAAUUGAAAACUCUGAAAGAGCUCACCAAAAGAAUCGAGAACAGUAUUCACGAUUGGGAAGAACAAGGAAUAUCAGAUAACCUCAUGAACCAUCUUUCCACUCUUCUCUCCACUCCGAUCCACUCAGAAGCCACAGCCGCCCAGCAACAAUCCUAUGUAACCUAUACUCUCUCAUCCCUCCCUCCUCUUCCUUCUACCUCUCCAUCCACAGCUACCCAAACUCCUACAAUAACCAUCCACGAAUCCGCCUCGCUUCUUUCAGGCUCCGGCACCACUGGCCGUCGAACAUGGGAAGCUGCUCUUCACCUUUCAGCUUACAUCUCCUCGAACCCCCAUCUUAUUUCUAACAAAAGAAUACUUGAACUCGGCUGCGGCACUGGGUUCAUCUCAAUCCUAUGCGCAAAGUAUCUUUCUGCAAAACAUGUCCUGGCUACUGAUGGAAGCCCCGAAGUAUUAAGCCUGAUGAACACAAACCUGUUUAUCAACAGCAUGACCGAUGCAAUUACUGCGACACCAGCUCAGAUUGCGACGAACAAGACGAGCACAUGCGAACUUACUUGGGGUCACAUGCUCCCAACCGGAGAAUUCGAGACAUUCCCUGAGUUCUUUUCAUCGAAUGAUCCUACCUCAAUUCCACCCUCAAACAAUGGAUCAACAAGCCAAACCCCACUGGAUCUCAUCAUCGCCGCUGAUGUAGUCUACUCCCCCGUUAUAAUUCCUUCCCUAAUUGCCACUCUCGAAGAUCUUUUCGAGCUAUACCCAGCGGCCGAAGUGCUGAUCUCCAGUACGAUACGUACCGCUGAGACCUAUACGAUGUUUGUAAGCAUGUGUGCAAAGAAAGGGUGGGAGUUGGAACAGGUGGGGUUUGAGGUGGCGGAGAGAAGUGAACAGACAGGGCCGUGGUAUGGAGGGCUAGGAGAAGGGAUUGAGAUUGUUUGGGUUAGGAACACUAGGGAGAGGAUGGUGAAUCAGGGAGUUUGA